UAAUUUUCAGAAGAAAUCCCGGACACUGUUUGAACUUCUCCAUCGUGAAGAAUUGAUGAUCACAUAUGAAAGUUCAUAAAUAUAAUUACUGUAAGACUGAAAGUUAAAACAAAGAUUCAUUCAUGUUGUGAAAUUCAAAGCAUUUUUUAUGAAAUCGUUUUUGUAAUCGUUGAUGUCAAGAAAAAAGAAAAACACACAUUAUCAGCGCAGCACGAGGAACGAAUUUCCAGCCGAGCAGACGUUUUCCACACAUAAACACUCCGGAAAUAAUGCGAGCAGUGGAGCAUACUGGGACUUACUGUAGAUGAUAGAUAUCCCACUAACAUUGGGAAAAUUAGCAAUAACGAUAUCUGGCUCACCCAAAGAGACAAAAUACCUGAAAGAGGUUUGUUCGACGAGCCUAGCUAUAGACACAAAUAUGAAUUAAGAUCAAGUUUCACGACUAAAUAAAUCUGGAAUAUCAGUGGAAAUAAAGUUUUAACUUUAUUUUAGGGGUCGCGAGAUAGUAAAUCUGGAAUUUGAAUGACCGUGUUUAUUUGGAAUGGUAUUAAAUGCUAGCUACUAGCUAGUUUAGUAGUAUGAUUGGAAACAAAUGGAAAACAGGCCAUUUAAUUUCUAUAUAUUAAGUGUUUGAGCGGACGUUAUCUGAGAACAAUAUUUUUGCAUUGAUUUUUGGCUCAUGCGCGUAAAAAUCACCUUGUUUCAAGUGUUAAUGUAAACAAGAGAUCAGAAUCUGGAGAGGCCGAGCAUCACAGCGUGAUGCCGGCUGUUAACACGCUUUUGAAAAACCUGGAGCUUACCAUUAAUAAAAUCUGUUUCUAGGCAGCCGAACCAGCCGAUCACAGGGUAAUUGUGAUGCAAAUGAGUGAUAUCGAGAUUGGGACGUGAUGCUAUAUUGAACUGAUUGUUAUAUCCGAGUUCACUUUGUGGAUUUGAUCUUAAUGUUCCUUAUAAAUCAUACAAAUUGUAUGGGCGAGGGAUCUAAGGUGCUGGAAUAGUGCGACAUUUUUCUCGUAGACUCUGAUGUAUGUAUGUGAACUGAAUUCUGAUGUGAAAUAUAUGGAUAUUAGCAACGCCAAUACAGAGUUGUAUCUAUAACACUGUUGUUUUCAACAAUGAGCCGCCGAGCGAGUUUGUUCGCAAAACAGAACCCGGAAGAAAAGAAACCUAAGGGUGUCCGCUUUCCAGACGAGCUUGUCUUUCUUGACAACAUAAAAGAGAAUGACGUGCAUGCUCUUGGAUCCAUGCUAAGGAGAGCAAGUCUACAAGUGGAUAUCAGUGCAGUUAACGACGCAGGUCUGACGCCACUGCACCAGGCGGUUCUGGACGGGAACGAGGCGGCCGUACGACUGCUCGUGGCUCACGGGGCGACGGUCAACAAACAGGACGAGGAUUCUUGGACGCCGCUGCACGCUGCAUGCGCAGAGGGACACGCAGAUAUAGUCAGGUUUCUACUUGAAAGUGGGGCUGACAAGAACAUCUUGACAGACGAAGGCGAGCGACCCCUGGAUCUGGUGGAACCGUCUGACCUCCCAACCAUCCGGGUCAUGCUAAGUGACGUGAAACCAAAUACUGAUAACCAAUCAGAAGACGAGUUGGACGAUGACGUCACUGAUAAUGAUGUCACUGGAUGACAAAGUUAUAUGUCUCGCGUUUUGGUGCUAUUGUAAAUAACUGAUCAAUUUGUGAAAACUCAUAAUUCAUCAUAUGUGUUUAUGGUACCCGAUAUGAAGAACUGGACACUUUUUAUUUUGUAUGACUUUAUCAUGGUCUUAUUUAAAAACUCAUAUUACGCUGCAAAAUGCCUGCAUCAACAUUGAUGUGUACAUAUUGAUCAAUCAUUCAAAUACGGUAUGAUAAAAGGGUGUUUUAAAUGUAUUUACAGGCAUUGAAUAAGCCAAUGUUACAGAAAAUUGCAGUGUUUAUAUAAAUCAGAGUGCUUUCAACUGUCUAGAAUUUAAACAUCAUCUAAGAAAUCAAUCCUCUUUUUUCUAAGCUUACGUACAAGAUCUAGGCUUGGUCAUCAUGUUCAUUGCAAAUGUAUAUUCAAUUUAGGGCAAUAAAAGCCACAUUUUUACCAAUCCCUUUGCCAUGUUGGUAAAAUUUUCCAAAUGAAAAAUGGGGAAAUGAACCAAUACCAAUCAAGUUGCUAUAUAUAUUGCAAUCGGCUUGCAAUGUUAGAGCUAUUAACCACCAUUUAUUAUAAAUCCUUUUUUAUAAGAUCGAUUUCAAUAACUUUGCCAUUUAAAACAAUAUUAAAAACAAUAUAAUAUACAUAAUUUAAGAUAUUGAUCAUAACGUACGACCCUGUCAGCUUAAUAGGAUGACUCUAAUGAGUGACUUGUUAUCAAAACUUCGCUAUGAAAUCGUUGUAAAUAUGCAAUGGACACAUUCUUUUUUACGGAAUUGAAACAGUCAGGUGCUAUUUUAUAUUAAAAUUAAGGACUUUAAUCCUGUGUUAUACGAUAUAUCGGAUACAAUACUGGCUACGAUACAUGAGUAUUCAUGUAAUGGUUUUGUUUUAGGACUACAAUUUUAUUUUAAUGUUAAGAAUUAUACAAUUUAUAAACGUUUGUCGUGAGUUGCGUCAAACCGCUCUAUUUAUUUGAUAUUAACAUAUACAUUACACCAUUGAAUGAAUCGUUUGAAGCGCUCUAUAUGAUAGCUUUAUCAAUACCCUGUGAUUAAUUUCAAUGAGUUUUGUAAAUUAUUAAGUGUUUAUUGGGUAUCCCUUAAAUCGAAUAAAAUUGUUAUGCACUACAUAAACAAAUCUUGAUUGUUUAA